UCUACUGCUCACACCCCCGUUACCUCUCCUCUCUCUGUAUAUAUAUAGAGAGAGAGAGAGAGAGAGAGAGAGGCGAUGGAGUCGUCGCCGGAGAUUCCGAUCUCCGGCGAGGUGAAGGGCGAAGGUGCGGGGGAGGCGGCGGCGGCUAGAGGGGUGGUGGAGCGGCUCCGGGCGGCGGAGGACGCGGCGGAGAGGGUCGCGGCGGCGGCGGAGAUCCGGCGUCUGACGCGGACGUCGGCGAGGCACCGGCGGCGGCUCUCCGGCGCCAUCGAGGCCCUCGUCGAGAUGCUCCGCUCGGGGGUCGUCGGAUCCGGCGAGGCGGCGAUCCUCGCCCUCCUCAAUCUCGCCGUCAGGGACGAGAGGAACAAGAUUAAGAUUGUGAAAGCCGGAGCACUUGACCCGCUAAUUAGUUUCCUACGAUCGACAAAUUUAACUUUACAAGAGUAUGCGACCGCUGCUCUUCUAACACUUUCAGCUUCAUCAGUAAACAAGCCUACUCUGAGUGCUUCUGGUGCAAUCCAUCUCCUCAUCAAGAUCCUCAGAGAUGGAAACUCGCAAGCUAAAACUGAUGCUCUCAUGACUCUGUACAAUCUCUCCACAAUAACAGGGAACCUACACACCAUUUUAUCUCUUCAACCUCUCUCUCCUCUUAUAGAUAUAUUGAAGGGAUGCAAGAAAUCAUCCAAGACUGCCGAGAAGUGCUGUGCCCUUUUGGAAUGUUUACUUGAUUUCCAUGAAGGUAGGGUAGCUUUGAUUUCCGAGGAAGGCGGAGUACUUGCCAUUGUUGAAGUACUUGAAGAAGGCUCUCAACAGGGUAGAGAGCAUGCAUUAGGAGCUCUCCUGACAAUGUGUGAGAGUGAUCGAAAUAAGUACCGGGAAAUAAUUCUUAAAGAAGGGGUGAUUCCGGGUCUUCUUGAGCUUACUAUUCAAGGGACACCGAGGUCUCAAUCUAAAGCUCGAGUUCUUCUAGAAUUGUUAAGGAACACUACUUAUUCAAGAUCACAAUUUCGAGCGGAGAAAGUUGACAAGGUUGUAAGUGAUAUUGUGUCUCAAAUGGUCGGUGAGGAUCAGUCGGCAAAGGCAAAAAAGAUGCUAGCGGAGAUGGUGCAGGUUAGCAUGGAGCAGAGCUUGAGGCAUUUGCAGGAGAGGGCUCUUUGUGUGCGCACUCCGGCAAAUGAAACACCUGUUGGGUAAUUGCUCCUCAAAUGUCUCAUCAAAAUGACUAUUAGGUGUUGUUAUUUGUAAUUUAAAUUCUCUGCUGUAUGAAUAAUUUUACUCAUGCCAGUCCAGGCCACGACGGUAUCGAGCGACUGGUGAAAUGUUCAUACCUAGCUCUUCUUUUUGUUUCUGUCUGUGUGUGUGUGUGUUUUCACUUGUAUGUUUUUCUGCAACCUGUGUGAUCUAUCGUCUGUUGAUAGAAGAAUAAAAGUUCAGCUGCUUUGUGCAGAUAACUUGGCCUUUUA